AUGGCACGAAAUCAAGAAAAAGCGCAGUCGAUGCUCUACCGUUUCCGAGAAGCGCAAGCGACCUCGCUCGGAGUCUCGACCAAACCAGCCAGACGACCUCGGCUAGCAUCGUCGGUCUCGUCCCUGAAAGAGUGCGAGCGAUGGCGUUCAGAUGUGAUCCGCGAAAUCUCACGCAAGGUCAGCAAGAUCCAGGAUUUCGGUCUGAACGACUACGAGGUCCGCGAUCUCAAUGACGAGAUCAACAAAUUGCUCAGGGAGAAGGGACAUUGGGAAAAUCAGAUCGUCGCGCUGGGCGGCGCGAAUUACAAGCGCGGAGUGCCAAGCAUGCUAGGCGACGACAAGGGAGUGGUGGGACGUGGCGGAUACAAGUACUUUGGAAGGGCCAAGGAUUUGCCUGGUGUGAAGGAGCUGUUCACCUCGCAGAAAGCGGACGAGGCAGGUAGGAGCGAGGAGAGGUAUGAGAGGUUUAGGAAUCUGCCACCGUCGUACUACGGUGAUGAGGACGAAGACGAUGGUUUGCUGCUCGAACAAGAGCGGAGCGCAGAGGAGGUGGAGUGGAACGAGCGUUUUUGGAACGUGGUCCAGGGCCUGAAGCACGACCUUCAAAGUCGCGAUGACCAUGACAAUAUGCAUCUAACCGAUGCUGAGGAUGACGAGCAUGGUGGGAUUCAAGUACCCAAGAUCCCAAGACCGAGUCCCAGACCAUUAAAGCAAAGCGUCCAGGCUGUCCAGGCAUCUCUCUCGGCUGCAUACAAUCAGCGCUUCAUGGAGCACGCAGCCACACCAGCCGAAUCCACAUCGAAACGCGCACCACAAGACGAGCUGCAAACACCAGCUAAACGUCACAAGAACGAGCAAGGCCAUCCAAUUCCGCCAACGCAUCACGCUGACGCCGAACCGUCUCGAACCACGCUCGAACCACCCAGCGUGGCUGACUACUCCAUCUUCUCACCCGAGGACCUCCAACCUCCCCCGAUACCCGACCGUGCCGCCAUCGAAAAACUCAUCUUGCAAGCAAAAAAGAAGCAGUUGAGACAAGAGUAUAUCGGCGCUUAA